UUCUCUCACUUUCUCGCUGUCCAAACAAGAAAAAAAAUGGGGAGAGACGAUUUAUACAUUACAGUUCCAUGUUUUUUUCGGUGCCCGAUAUCGUUGGAUGUGAUGAAAUAUCCGGUGAGCUUGUGCACGGGCGUUACAUACGACCGAGCCAGCAUCCAGCAGUGGCUAGACGAUGGCAACAACACGUGUCCGGCCACAAUGCAAGUUCUCAAAACCAAAGAGCUCGUCCCGAAUCGGAAUUUACAACGUCUCAUCCAGAUCUGGUUCGACUCAGUCGCUCGCUGUCAACCCGAUUCAGUUGUCGUUCCUUCUCAAAAUCAGGUCAAACUCUUGGUCAAACAUCUUGACAACAACAAUUGCUUUUCAUCGUUAACGAAGAUCCUUCACUUCGCAAAAGAAUCGGGGGGAAAUCGUGAAUUCCUCGCGAGAAUUAACUUGUUUUUAGACAAAGUGUUCGAUUUCAUGAGGAAUGAGGAAAUCGACAUCAAAAUAGUCGAAAAAGUUGUUGAGCUUUUGGAUUUGAUGUCAAAUAACAUUUCUGAUAAGAAGCCAUUGCUGGAAACGAAUUGCUUGUCGAAGAUUUUUCUGAUUUUACAAAGAGGGAAUUCAGAUUCACAAAUUCGAGCGGUUCGAAUACUGGAAUCCGUAGCUGUCGAUGAAGAAUCCAAGCUCAAAAUAGCUCAGAAAGAGGGAUUGAUCCCCGAAUUGGUGAAAUCUUUAAGGAAAGAGAAGAACCCAAUAUUGAUCGAAGCGAGCUUAUCUUGUUUGAUCGCAAUCACAAUUCCAAAACGCAUAAAAAUUAAACUAAUCCAACACCGAACAAUCCCAGAACUAAAGAACCUUUUAUCCCAACCAAACACCAUCAUUUCGAUAACCGAGAAGUCACUGAAGCUACUGGAAGCGUUAUCGUCCUGCAAAGAAGAAAAAGUGGAGAUAUGGCAGGAUUCGGUGUUGUUACAAAGGGUAUUUGAGAAAGUGAUGAAAGUAUCGAGCAAUGCGACGGAACACGCGGUGGCGAUACUUUGGAGCGGUUGUUAUUUGUUCAGAGAGCGGAAAGCGCAAGAAGCGGUGGUGGGCAGCAGCAAUGGGAUGACCAAGUUGUUGUUGCUGAUGCAGAGCAAUUGUUCGCCGGCGGUUAGGCAAAUGUCGGCCGAUUUACUCAAGAUUUUUCAGGUUAAUUCGAAGCUUUGUUUAUCGAGUUAUGAUACUAAGAUCACCCAUAUUAUGCCGUUUUGAAAAAUUUUCCUGGGAAGAAGAAAAACCCAGAUUUGUAAAUCAAAGGAAAACUUUCAUACCAAAAUUUUGUGUUCAAUGUUACUUUCGAAAUCAAUUGGUUUGAAAUUAUGAUAAGUUGAAAAUUGAUUUGAUGUUAAACUGGGAAAAGGACAAAA